AUGGCGGUCAAAAACGAUAGUCUGUCAAACAACCAUGACCAAAUUGCCGAAGCCCUUGCAGCCAGUGGCAACGGUAACGCACCGCCUCGGGAAAAGGGCUCCUUGGACCAACUGGAAUAUCCUGCGGUUGACAAGAUCGUGCUCACCGAAGAUGAUUGUUACGAGGAACUCGGAUUUUGCUUCCCAUCAUGGAAGAAAUGGACCAUUAUCACCAUCAUCUUCCUGGUUCAGGUUUCCAUGAAUUUCAACACCAGUCUAUACUCGAACGCCCUUGGAGGUAUCUCGGAGGAAUUCGGAGUUAGCAUGCAAGCAGCGCGGUGUGGCGCAAUGAUCUACCUGGUCACCUACGCCUUUGGCUGCGAACUUUGGGCCCCAUGGAGUGAGGAGCUAGGUCGCAAGCCUAUACUGCAGCUGAGUAUGUUGCUCGUGAAUAUCUGGCAGCUCCCCGUAGCCCUGGCCCCGAAUUUUGCAACGAUCAUGGUUGGUCGGGCGUUCGGAGGAUUGAGUCUGGCCGGUGGCUCGGUGACACUGGGAAUGGUUGCAGACCUCUGGGAACCGGAGAAUCAGCAAUACGCUGUCGCAUGUGUGGUGUUCUCAUCUGUCGGUGGAUCUGUUCUUGGACCUGUGGUUGGUGGCUUUGUAGAGCAGUACCUGCACUGGCGAUGGGCUAUGUGGAUUCAGCUUAUCUUCGGAGGCUUCACGCAGUUGAUGCAUCUUUUCUUUGUGCCCGAGACCCGCACCACGAUCAUGAUGGACAACAUUGCCAAGAAGCGACGCAAGAACGGCGAAACGAAGGUUUACGGUCCCAACGAGGUGCUCACUUGGAAGGAACGUUUUUCGAUGCGCGAGAUCCUGAUCACCUGGGUCCGUCCUUUUAGGAUGUUUGUGACCGAGCCCAUUGUCUUAACUCUUUCUCUUCUCAGUGGUUUCAGCGACGCCCUCAUCUUCAUGUUCAUUCAAUCUUUCGCAUUGGUGUAUGCUCAAUGGGACUUCAGUCCAGUGGCUGUUGGGCUGUCAUUCUGUGCUAUCUUGGUUGGCUACGUCGCUGCUUGGCUCUCGUUCUUCCCGGCCAUCAGGAGAAACGAAGCUCAACGCCGCGCCAAGCCAGAUGACGAGCAGGCACAAUAUGAGAGCCGACUGUGGUGGCUACUGUAUACUGCGCCUUGCCUUCCGAUCGGCCUGAUCGGUUUUGCAUGGACUUCGUCUGGACCCCCUCUCCAUUGGAUCGGAACAAUGGUUUUCGCAGCCAUUGUGGGUGUCGCCAAUUACGCCAUCUACAUGGCGACGAUUGACUACAUGAUAUGUGCCUACGGACCUUACGCGGCCUCCGCCACCGGCGGUAAUGGAUUUUCUCGAGAUAUCCUGGCCGGUAUUUUGACUGUGCCAGCGACGCCAUUUUUCACAAACAUCGGUGGUGAACGCCAUCUCGAAUAUGCUUCAACCAUCCUAUUCUGUAUCUCCGUCAUCCUUGUGAUCUCCGUCUACGUGAUUUACUGGUACGGCCCGACCCUCCGAAAGCGCUCGCCGUUCGCCCAACAACUUUCCAACGCUCGUGCCGAAGGUGCCGCCAAUAGCCGUCGACCUUCCACAGCGAACCUAGGAUCAAGGGCCGCGUCGAGAAGAAACAGUCUUGUUGGCGGAUCCCGUGCAGCUUCGCGCAGGAACAGUCUGGUGGGCGGAUCCCGGGCGGCGUCGCGACGGAACAGUGUGACUCGGUGA